GUCACUUAUGACACGUAUUCAAGAUGGCGGCCGCGGGGAUGGAGAUGUGGUGGGCCUUGCUGCUCCUAACCCUGCUGCCCACUGCUCUGCCCUUCUACGUCCCUGGGGUGGCUCCGAGAGACUUCAGGGAGGGAGAGAGCGUCGACAUCAAGGCGGUGAAGCUGACGAGCUCUAGGACCCAGCUGCCCUUCGAGUUCUAUUCUCUGCCAUUCUGUGUUCCCGAGCAGAUCGUGUACAAAGGAGAGAACCUCGGUGAGGUUUUGCGCGGGGAUCGUAUCGUCAACACUCUAUACAAUGUUCAGAUGACGAGUGAUAAGAAGUGUGAACUGGUGUGUCCAAAGAAGAAACUGAGCGUGGAGGAGAGUAAACUGUUCGCAGAGAGGAUCAAAGAGGAGUACUACGUGCACCUUAUUGCAGAUAACCUCCCUGUGGCCACGCGACUGGAGUAUUACCCAAACAGAGAGACUGGAGCCGAGGAGGACAAGAAGGAGGCAGCCAAAGACAUCCAGUUUGAGCACGGAUACAGGAUCGGAUUCAUCGACAAUGACAAGUAUUACCUGCACAACCACCUGUCGUUCAUCCUGUACUUCCACAGAGAGAAGCUGGAGGAGGGGGAAACUCACAGUUACAGAGUGGUGCGCUUCGAAGUGGUCCCCCAGAGCGUCAAAGUGGAGGAUUUGAAAGCAGAUGAAAAGUUGAAGACGUGCACAUUACCAGAGGCCAGUGGAUCUGUUCCUCAGGAGAUCGACCCCACCAAAGAAAACGAGAUCCUCUUCACCUACUCUGUGCGCUGGGAGGAGAGUGAGAUCAAAUGGGCGUCUCGCUGGGACACGUAUCUGACCAUGAGUGAUGUUCAGAUCCACUGGUUUUCUAUUGUGAACUCUGUGGUGGUGGUCUUCUUCCUCUCUGGUAUCCUCAGUAUGAUCAUCAUCAGGACUCUCAGGAAGGACAUUGCCAACUACAACAGAGAAGAUGACAUUGAGGACACUAUGGAGGAGUCCGGGUGGAAGAAUGUUCAUGGAGACGUGUUCAGACCUCCUCAGUAUCCCAUGAUCCUCAGCUCUCUCCUGGGCUCUGGCAUACAGCUCUUCUGCAUGAUCCUCAUCGUCAUCUUUGUGGCCAUGUUGGGAAUGCUGUCUCCGUCCAGUAGAGGUGCUCUCAUGACCACAGCCUGUUUCCUCUUCAUGUUUAUGGGUGUCUUUGGAGGGUACUUCGCUGGCCGUCUGUACCGCACACUGAAAGGACACAGAUGGAAGAAGGGAGCAUUCUGUACGGCGACUCUGUAUCCUGCUGUGGUGUUUGGAAUCUGCUUCGUCCUGAACUGCUUCAUUUGGGGCGAGCACUCAUCAGGAGCGGUUCCCUUCACGACGAUGCUGGCUCUUCUCUGUAUGUGGUUUGGGAUCUCCAUGCCUCUAGUGUAUCUGGGAUAUUACUUUGGCUUCAGGAAACAGCCGUACGAUAAUCCAGUCAGGACCAAUCAGAUCCCACGACAGGUGCCCGAGCAGCGCUGGUACAUGAACAAGUUUGUGGGAAUCCUCAUGGCCGGGAUCCUGCCUUUUGGAGCCAUGUUCAUCGAGCUCUUCUUCAUUUUCAGUGCCAUCUGGGAGAACCAGUUCUAUUACCUGUUUGGGUUCCUCUUCCUGGUCUUCAUUAUUCUGGUGGUGUCCUGCUCUCAGAUCAGCAUCGUCAUGGUCUAUUUCCAGCUCUGUGCAGAGGAUUAUCGAUGGUGGUGGAGGACGUUCCUUGUUUCUGGAGGAUCGGCUUUUUAUGUUCUGAUUUAUGCCAUUUUCUACUUCGUCAACAAGUUGGACAUCGUAGAGUUCAUCCCCUCGCUCCUGUACUUCGGAUACACCGCUCUGAUGGUGCUUUCCUUCUGGCUGCUCACGGGGACGAUCGGAUUCUACGCGGCGUACAUGUUUAUCCGGAAAAUCUACGCCGCCGUCAAGAUCGACUGAGCCCCACCUCUGCUGCGGAUUCCUCUUCGUUUUGUCAUUUCUGUUUUUUUAAUAAUAUAUUUUUUAUUCUGUCCGAUUGGUCGAGCACUGACUUGUAUUCGUGUGUUGGGACAGCGAGAUGGUAGAGUCUCUGGUUUCUCUCUCCUCUUUUCGGACUGGCUCUAUCCGCGGUCCCUCUUGCACACAUUGGAAUAGGGCCAAAGCUUCGUAAAAAAAAGAACAAUUCUGCACAUUUUUGUCUGUUUUGAGUCGGUUAUAAUUUAUCUUGGAGUUUUACUUUUGUCGUCACGGAACUCAUUUCGAAGAGACUUUUCCUGAUCUCACCGUCACAGUUUUCAUUGUAAAAGGGGCACUACGUAACUUUUCUGAUUGCCCGGCACCAGCUGGUUUCCAUGGAAAUGCUAUGCUUUGCCUGGAAUGUUCCAAAGUAUGGCAUUAAACGCAUUUACCUUGCAUUUUAUUUGAUUAUGGCAUACAGAAAAGUUAUACAGUGUGCCUUUUAAAGCAGGGAAGAAGAAUCAUGUUUGUAAAGUUGUACUGAACGGAAAAUGCCUGAUACUUUCACAUUGCAGUACUUUGAGUUUAUGCCAUAAGGUCUUAAAUACAGAAUUCUAUGGUGGAAUUUGUUGUUUUAUUGUCAAAUUGCAGAUUCGUUGACCUGGUUUAUGGUUCAUAUCUUUGUAAUUACUGGGCCUAUCCACAUGAAACAAAAACUGGCACAAAGUUCAGCAUCUUCUCUGUCGGUAUAAAUAUGAACUUAAGGUGAAACAAUUGUAUUUACUAUAGAGUAGUUAAAGGUGCACUGUGUGUACGGCUGGGUAUCAUUAAGAAGUUUUCGAUACGAUAUAUAGGCCACGAUAUUAUACUUUUUUCAAUACAGUGCACUUUCGACGCAAUAUAUUUCAAAGCUGUUCAGUAUGGUGGGAAAAAAAAGGCUAAAUCAUGGCUCUGAUACUAAAAGUCCACUAAGUUUGUGCAUAGUUAAUAUGAAAAACACCUAUUUUACUCAUCAAAACUGUGAAAAUGUCAACAACAUGAAAUCAUUUUGUAAAUAUACUGUAUUUUUGGACUAUAAGUCGCUCCGGAGUAAGUCGCACCAGCCAAAAAAUGCACAAUGAAGAAGAAAAAAGCAUAUAUAAGUCACACUUUUUUGGGAAAUGUAUUUUGUAAAAUCAGAGACCAGGAACUGACAUUUCACCUUGAAAGGCAAGUUAUAGUAAUGACAGAAUAUGUGAACUGUUAAUAUGUUAACGUGACAUAUGAACAGUUAUUCAGAUAAUUACAGCAUAAACAACAGAACAUAAGUUUACCAAACUCUCCAUCUCACUCCAAAUCACUAAAUCCACUAAAUUCUUCAUCCUUGGUGUCACUUCUGUGGGACCUCCAGAGAUAAACCAUAGAUCCAUGAGGUAAACAGAGCGCCGCUUCCUCUUCUGUGUCGCUGUCGUCAGACUCCGUAUCAGUUCCAGUUACAAUUAUUCUGGUCUUUCUGAAUCCUGACAGGAUGGUUUCGGUGUCACUGAAGUCCAGGCUUUGGAGAUUCAUCCAGUGACUUCAGGAAAGUUUCAUGGUGCAUCCUCCCCGUUGCCGUGAAGUUGUGUUCUCCAUCCUCGCUUUCCGUCAGUCCCUCACAAGUUUCUCACUCACUCCAAACUUUCUUUCUGCUGCUUAGUUACCAUUUUCAGCUGCAGAUUUCACUAUUUGCAGCGAGACAGCAGCUAUUUCUACAGGAGACAUGCAAAGUAGAGUGAAGUGACAGUGGUACAGGAGUAAUAGUAAUACUAGAUACUGACACACAAUCCUAGAGACUCUCACGGCUGUCAGUCUGAAAAUUGUAAUAUAUAAGUCACACCGAAGUAUAAGUCCCUGGAAACACCCAAACCAUCAAAAAAAGUGCCACUCAUAGUCCGAGAAAUACGGUACCUAAAAAUCCUCUUAGUGAUAUAUCGAUACAGCAGCCCACGAUGUCGUUAUUUUAUCAUCAAAUUAAACGAGAUGAUAUAUCGAUAUUUAAAUAUUUUUGCACACCUCUAACUGCGGGAAGAGUCUGUUACCAUGGAGAUGUUGUUGCUUUGCCUAGAAUUUUUCACAGUGUGAUAUUAAACGUAGUCGGAUUAAACAAGUCGGAUUUGUGGAGAGGCGGGCCGAUUGCAGUAGAAUACAUAUUUUUCAAGGUAUUGUUGAAAGUUUAAUGUCAUUCUGUGGUUCAAUCUCCCGAGCAUAUCUCCAUGGACGCUGGACUUGUACCAUAAAAGUUACACAGUGCACCUUUAAGCAUGAUGUCACGUCCGGGUCCACCACAGUGAAAACAAUGAAUGUGUUACAAUAAUUUUUUUUUUUUUUUAGGUCAUACACAUGGGUCUGUGGUCAUGAGUGAUUAUUACUACUUUAUUGACCGAUUUGAUACAGGUUGUGAUUAAACUUAGGCUUUUCUCUUUUUUUUUUAUGAAUAAGGAAUAAAAACAAACUACCUGGACCCGGAAGCGACAUCAUUUUGCAACUUUAUAGCUUCAGAAAGUUGUAUAUUACCCAAAAGAGAUUUUACACAUUUACCAUUACACCUCAAGAUUAUUAGAACAACCUGAUUUGUAAACGUGAACGCAGCGUUGCGUCGUCAAACGCAGUGUAAAUGACCUGUUUUGUACUGUAACCAUGUCAUGCCUCAAUCGUUAAGAAAACCUGAUUUGAAUCUUACUAAUGCAGCGCUCUUUACUUCUUUAACGUCGGAGGUUUGGUCAAUGUGUUGUGAAGGAGAAAGGUUUUGGGUGAAGCCACUUUGAGUUUAUAAAGUCGCUCUGUAAAAGGUUUCUUGGAAUUUUAUAUCUUAAAAACAAAGCGUACACACUGCAAAACUAACGGAACAUCUACAUGAGAGAAAAGUACUGCUGCAAAAGAUCAGAUACUUGGUUCAUUUGGAUUAGAUGUGAUUAAAUAAAAAGUAUUGCACUUUUUUUGUAAAGUUAAUAUUUGUUUUUUUUUGUUUAGGCCUUAAUUUUGUCACGGUACAAAAAGGAUUUCAAUACUAAGUGGUAAGAACUCAAUAAUAUGUGGUUUUAUACGUACUGAGAGCUCAAGAUCAUUUGAAAGCAAAUUCAGGAAAGCUUCAUGAACUUUUUUAGUGCAGUUUUCCGGUGAGUUCGAGCUUUCUUUUCGAUCUGGCUAAUGCAGCUGCCAGAUUAGUCAGAAUUUAAAGCAGCACUGCAUAACAUUUCGAGUGGUGGGCGUACGUACAAAUCUGUAGACUGGAACACUCACCGCGGAAAUGAGAGUUUUGUUGUUUUUCUUGGUAACCUUUCAGACCAAUCAAUGAGAUUUCCGUAGAAACAAAGAAGUGGUUUACCCUCUGCCAGGUCAAGUUACACGUCACGUCUGUGGAGAUUGUAAAGAAUGUUUUUGUUUUAUUUUUUUUCUCAAUGCAAUGAAAUUAGCCAUGAAGAAAUAAAUGUUUUAUUGUA